AUGUUCCCUUGUGUUUCUUGUUUAUUUUUAUUUUUUCUUUAUGGCCAUUACUUAAUCAUUUCUUCGUUUUCUUUUUCAUUUGUCUUCUUUAUAUUUCUUUGUUUCGUAUUUCAUGAAUCAUUUUAUCUAAACUUCGGUUUUCUUUCUUCCUUCUUUGCUUAUUCUACUGUCUUAUUCUUUGUCAUUUUCAUUUUUUCUUUCUUUUUGUUGCUUUCUUUGUUCUUCUUUUUUCUUCCAUCUUUCUUUUGUCUGUCUUAUUUGACAUUAAUCCUUUCACAUUUACUUUCUCUGUUUUCCGAUUUCGUCAUUCUUAAUCUUUUUUAUUUCUUUCUUUCUUUCUUUCUUUCUUUCCUUCCUUCUUUCUUUGCAUUUUCUUCUGCCGCCUGUAUAUAUAAUCUUACAUUUUUACCAUUACUACAUAUCUCAUUUUCUUCUUUUUUCUUUCUUUCUUUCGUUGUUUCAUUCUUUGUAUUUCUUUCUCCAAUGUAUCUAGGACUUAUAACAUUUUCACAAUCCCCGUCUUCUUUCUUUCUUUCUUUCUUUCUUUCUUUCUUUCAUUUACUUUUCGUUUUCUCUUGCGUCACGUUUUUCAAAUUACACUUUCUUUCUUUCUUUCUUUCUUUCUUUCUUUCUUUCUUUCUUUCUUUAACUUUGAUGAUGUCUUCUUUCUUUCAUAAAGCUGCUUCGUUUCAUUUUAUUUUUUUUCUUUCAUUCAUUCUUUUUUUGUCGCUUUCAUUUUUUGCUUUCAUAUUUUUCCCAUUUUCUUUCUUUCAUUAUUUUUCUUUCUACUUCUUUUUGAUUUCGUUCCUUUCAUUCUUUGCUCUCCCACUGUUUCUCAUUUUUCCCUUUGUUGAUUUUUUUCAUUCUCAAAUAAUUAUUUAUUUUAUUCAUUCAUUCUUUCUUCUAUUCUUUCAAUCUUUAUUCCAUCCAUUGAUUCAUUCUUUUUUCCAUUCAUUCAUUUUUCUUUCUUUCCUACAUUAA